UUUUUUAUGUUUCCAAUACUUUCAGUUUAUGUUAAAUUGGUUAUAUUAUUUUUGCUUAUCUCGAGGGAGAAAUAUAUCCGUUUAAGAUCAGGUGUUUCAGUUUGGAUGGGUCGUAAAACUUGUAAAUUUAAUGAAGUUUGUUAUGACAAACAGAUUGUUUUCGGCUCAACAGGUUUCGACCGAAAGUUUGUCGCCUUUGUUGACGCUCGUUAAAUGAUUUCCAUUUUAGGGGCUGUUUAUGAACUUUAUCUGAUACAAAUAUGAAAUUUUUGUUAUUGUAAGUUUUUUUUCAAGUAAUUUUUUCUAAGAUAACUUUUCAGAAUUUUUUUGACUGUCUUUUUUCAUUCACUAUUUUGUAGCGCAUUGUGUUUUUUGCAUCUCAAGUGUUGCGAAGCUCCGCUUCACCUCUGUGUUAGAAAUUACUCUGAUGGGUGGUCCGCUUUUAAAUUUUCGUAGCUUGAGGUUGAAUUGAUUGUCUCAAAAGUGUUUGUAACAUAAUAAUGUUCAAGAGAUUUUAAAGACAAAUCUUUCUCUGGUAAUUGCUUCUCAGAUGACUUGCAAUGAAAUCGCUAUCCGUACUAGCAAUAAUCCUUUUUAUAAUCUAGAAUCUCUAGUUCGUGGGAUAAUAUUUUCCACGUCCAAUCUGGGAUAAACUCUUGUUAUAAUCAGACUGAAAUUUGACCUUUCCCUUUUUUGCGACUUUGCUUAGUUCGGAGAUGGGCAUCCCAUUACCCUGAAAAUGAGCCUUUUAGAAUUGCGACCAACGCUCUUAUCAUCUGACUUACCUUCCCUUUUUUGUAAUUGGACUUAGAGUUUUCGUUGAUCCCACGGUAAGUCAACUGCAAGGUUGCUCAGGUGUGAUCAAAGUUACCAAACUAUGAUAUUGCUAAUAUUCUUUAUUGGCGAUACUUUUUCUUAACUGUAUAAAGCCUGUCAUUCUUACAUUACUCUGAAGUAUUGGUUGCUAAUUUCCGAAAAAACUUAUGGUCUUUUGAUAUAUAGCCACAACUAUUUGGAUAUCACUUGAAAUCAAAGGCACACCAUACGAAUGCCAGAACUUAACGGUGAAAAUCCAUUGCUAAUUCCCCUUUCAGCUCGCUUUUAGUUUGAACCGUUAGAAUUCUAUUGCUGUGUUUUUAUUCUUUCCAUAUUGAAAAUGGAAAGGGCCUGGCACUCUGUUUAGCGUAUCUGUUAUUUUAUUUGAUGACAUUUGUUAUACUUUCAAUCUCCGUUAUCAAAUUAAUCAUUAAUGAUGCCCUUACUUUGCUAAAUGCACCAGCUUUCUCUCCUUUUAUUGACUAGAUUGUAACAUUUAAUUAAUAUCCAGUUUAGGGAGAUAAAUGCCAGGCACUUCAGGCCUAGUAUAAUAAACUGAAUCCGGAUUGCGCGCUUAAAAACACCACAAAUAUAAUUUUUCUUUUUUUCCUUCACGGAAAUAGGCUCACGGCGUAGAUGAUUCCUCUUAUAUAGGGUAUUUUCAAUGAAUUUGAGUAAAAAUAAAUUUGCCUGAAAACACGAUCAUAAGCAAAGUUUCCAAUAAUCGGAUUCUAUCCCCUUUAAGGGAAGCAAUAGUUAGCCCAGAACCUGAACCCUUUUGUGAUGUCUUAAUGCAGAGAGUUUGAAAAUUCUAUUUCAAUUUUUACUCUGCACCGAUCUGUCUUUUACGUUUUUUUUUUCGUUUUGUUAGGUAUACGGUUCUAAUUUUGGAUUGAUUUUGAUUUUGUUAUACUUUUCAAAAUUUCAUUCUUUUCUGGACGCAAAAAUAUGAAUGAAAGACAAUUUUGGGCAUAUUUUGGAAAUCUUUGAGUAAUUGUCGUAUUAUUUUGUCGUAUUUCUUCCAAGUUUGUUGAACAUUGGCGCCGAAGAUUUGUCCAAAAGGGGGUGCCGUAAAAUAGUCGCAAGGGGGAUCUUUGGUGGCAAAGAAGUCAAUUUUUUUUGCUUUCCCCGUCUAAAUAUUCAAUGGUAACGAAUGGUUACACUUGCGAGAGUAAGUGUCUUGUAAUUGGGACUUUUUUUACCUUGCCCAAAUCGAUAUAAAAUUGCGCUUGCUGUAUUAUUGAACCUGAACGAUUUCCAGUCUUCAUCCCACUUGAAAGAAAGAAAGAAAGAAAGCAAGAAUUUUUAACAACAACUUCAACAUAAUAGAAAUUACAAGCAAACAAUUUAGAGCCGGAUAGGAUAGCCAGAAGACAUAUGUAAUGCCCACUAAUAGGCUACCCUUGAACAGAACUACAGUGAACUAAAUUUUCAAUUAAUAAAAAUUUGAACUAAAUAAUUUCUUCAUUGAAAAUCUAUUUAUCGAACAUAGCCAAUUCUAUAAGCAAGUCAGUGCUACUGACACUGCUGUUAUAUGAGACAUUAAAAACCUAGAUACUAACAGACAAUACGAAAGAAAACGCAUAAAAAACAAAAGAACAAAAACAAAAAACAUGAUGUUUCGGUUACCUCUGCACCUUUAGAUUGGGGGUUCGAGGCCCGGCCAGUUGAUGUUGUUCCUACCAUUGAAAAGGGGGAGGAACUUCAUUUUCGUGCGUUUUAGUUUUUCUUUUUUUAUUGUUUUUCACGGAAAAUCAGGUACCACAAAUAGUUAUCGUAAUGGGUCGAGUCACAUAUAUUAAAACCCUUUUAGUGAUUCGAACGACAUUUAAAAAUUACCCAGUGUUGAAAAAAAACGACUGGAAAUUUUUUAUAUUUUGUCUAAUUUUGAACGAGGAAAGCGAGCGAGCAUGCUUAUUUGUACUUAAAUUAAGCCGUUUAAAAAUAUUUAUUUAUGACCAAUUUUAACUUUACUUGAGUAAAAUUAGUUUUUCGAUUUUUCUGUUGAGUGUUUUUCGCAACAGUUAAGUGCAUUACGUAUCUAUGCGUGGUUAAGCUAUAUCGUAUAUUGCAGUGCUUAAGAUUUUUUUCGGUUUUCCAGUUUGAAUCUAGUGUUUGUUCCAUCGAAUUUAAAGUUAGCAACACAAAAGUGGGAUGCUGUCAGAGUUCCCCCAGGGGUUGCGAAUUUGACUCCAAUUAUGAACACCCAAAUCCUUUUAGUAUACCAAAAAUUUAGUAUUUUUUCAAUUUCCGAAUAAUACAAAACUUUAAAUAUCUUAACCUGUAGUUGGGUGGUGUCAGAGUACUUUCAAGGAUUGCGAAUCCUGCCUCCAGAUAUGACUGAUCCAAAUGUUAUAGUUUUCGAGAUAUGACGUGUUCUAUGUUUUCUUCUUAAUUUUUCAGAAAACUUAGAUUUUAAAAAUUUCAAAAGAUUUGAAGUUCCUAAUCUUGUAGUUUGGUGCUCUGAGGGUGCUCUCAGAAAUUUCAAGAUCCAAAUCUUGCGUCUAAAUGCGACUGCUGAAAUGCUCUCAGUUUUCGACAUAUGACGUUUUGUGUGACUUCGACAUAUGACGUUUUGUGUCAGAAAACUUAGAUUCAGGAAAAAGUCUUAAAAGAUGCAUAAAAAUCUCGAUUAACUACAGAUGUACAUUCAUACAUUAAUGCAGUUUGUAUAUGCACCUAAGUAUCUCUGCAUUUUUUGAUUUCAUUUCAAAUUCAUCUGCUGAAAGUGACGUAAAUAGCACUAUCCACAUACGAACGUGGAAAUGGCGGAAAAAAAACGUGAACAAUUUCUGGUCAUAUCGUUUUUUUUAUUUUUCUCUUCAUUUUUUCAAAAACUGUUGUUCAUUUUGCCUUUUCUAAUAUGACUUUCGAGUAUGCGAUUUUUUUGCGUUCAGAUUCUUUUAUCACACCACGCAGAAUAAACGAUAUUAAUUUGAAAAGAAAUCCUGUUUUAAUAAGACGAUGUUCGGAACACUCUGUGCUAAUUGCACAGUAACUGGCUGUCCUCAUUGAAACUAUUUUGUUUUGCUGGAAAAAAUGGAGUUGUCGGACGUUCGUUUGUCUGCUCAUAAUUCGUCGGCCAAUUUUUCAGGUUUCAAAUCAUUUUGAAUCAUUUUUGAAGCUCGCUUUGUGUCUUGAUAUAGAACCAACUCAAAUGUUUCCUGGCUUUUUAUGUACUCUUGGCCUGGAUUUUACGACUACGCCUGGGAUGGCAAAAAUCUUAGGUUAGAAUCCGGCCAGGACCUUUUUUUAAACUGAAAUUAUUCCGUUUCAAAGAAAAACUUUUCGGCCUACCGUUUGUCUGAUUAUGUUUUUUAUCGGCUUAAUUGCCUCAAAACGAGCUGCUAGUAAUUUUUUAUGCUAAAAAUAUUUUUUCACUUUAGUUGCAAGUGUUGUUGAUUUACUCGUAAUUUGUAAUUUCACUAGCCCUGACUUGGUAUAUUUUAAUUUUGUCUACUUUCUUUUCGCUUUUAAGAUUUAUUGUACCUAAAUAGUUUCGGCGUAAAUUAUCGGUUGAGUAGUUAUAUUUUGUGUGGUUUUGUGGGCAAAAUUGUUCAAUUUAGGUUGUUUAUGGUAAAAAAAUUGAUUGUUUCAAACCCUAAUCGCACAAAAAGUUUUAAUUAAUUUGUUAUGGCUUUUUUUGAUUUCGUUUUAUUGGGCGUCUAACGUCGUAUUGUUGGCCUAAUGCCCGCUAUUUUAAUGUUUUUAACUAUUGUUUUCGGCUUGUGUGUGCAUCCUUAUAUAUGCCAGCGAUAGAGAUAGAAUAAGCAAUUCCCCUCAUUCUACAGGAAAUUUUGCUUUUGUAAAAUUUCUGUGAUGAUUAAUUGUUAAUUUGUCGAUGUGCAGUUGUCAUAGUUUCAAACCAAUUUCAAUCAGCGAUCAUUCUUCGAAAAAUUUUGGGCUCCUGAAAACGGCGCGGUUGUGCUGAACAAUGACUGUCGGAGUCGCUUUACUGGUUCCAUACACAAGUAUUAUCAGCGAGAAAUGCACAUUUUUAAGUUUUUAAGUAAAAGUCACAAGCUUAUCAAAAAAAGCCCGUAACUUUUUCAAACUUUAUCGCUCAAAUAAGUCGAAAGUUGGUGGUGUAUUCAGGGCGUAGCCAUGAUGUGAGCAGCCUUGAUUUUUUUUAGCAAAAGAGAGUGCGACGUCGACACAGUAAUUUUUAGCAGAGGUGAAAACCGCCGAAUGAGAGACCGACUCUUUCAUUUUUCAUUGAUACCAAAUUAGAUCAACGGCGCUCUUUUUGUGGUCCUUUGUCUCAUUUCAUAUGAUUGAGCGGUUGAUCUCUGAUUAUAUGAGAGUUUUCACCAAAUAGUAAUAAAGAUAUAAUCAGCACAACUACACCGAGCACAUCUUUAGAAAAUGAAACCUUUACUUUCAACUGAUGAAAAAUUCGCGAUUUCAACUAAAUUGAGCUUACUAUCUAUCUUAUUUUGGUUUCCGCUUAUUUCGUUUGAUAAUUACGUAAAUUAGCCGUAACAUGCAAAUUUAAGCUUUUUAAUUUUAUUUUCAAUCAGAACUGAAUCAGUUGAGUAGUAGCGAUGCUUUCAAGUGAAGUGAUUGAAAAAAUUUUAGCUACCGAAUUGAUGGCAUCAGUUCUAUUGUUGAUCUAAUUUCUACUGGUUGCACUUUUCGGCUGAGAGACAGCAGAUACUUUUUAAUUUUGAACUUACUCCACAAAACGGGAAUUUUCCACUUGGAACAAUAAUUAGAAUAUUUUUCAGUUUAAAAUCUCACACUAAAACGUGGAUAACACAGCCAUUUACAAUAUGUUUAUGCUUAUCUACAACGAUUUCCCAAUAAUGUCCUACUUCUUAUGACAAUCAUAUUUGCACAUUACUGGUUGGUUACUAUUUAUGCUACUUCCGUCGCUGCUGGCUGAACUGUAAUGGAAUUUUGAUAUUUUAUUACACCCUCCCCUUCCCUGCCUACCGCUAAUCCCCUUAAAAUGUUUGUUUACGACAACAAAACGCCCUCGAUACCUUUUUACCAAUCAGGGGAUCAAGUCCCCGGAAAAAGGGCAAGAAAUGUCUCUGCUAGUAUUAAUAGAGUGAAAGACACAAAUUUAGACCCGAUGAACUCUUAUGGAGAACCAGAAAAAGAAAACCAAGAAUGUGUCAAUUUACUUCAAAAUAAUACGCCAGAAAAGAAGCUACAGAGUUAUUCUCCUAAUCAUUUAAAAGCGCCUUGUCCUAAUAAGGAUUUCUCCAGUAACAGUUUUCCAAGGCGUAACAUGAUGACGUAUUUCGACAACGGUCACAGUAGAAAUCGAGAUGGGACAAAGUACUCCGUGGGUGCGUAUGCUCCGAAAGCGCAGGCAACUGACCAGAAUGACUCACGACAACUGUUAUCCCGACGUCACCGAAGCCAAGCCUCGUCACGCGACAACAUCCUUUCUCGCUCGGGAUCGAACUGCCGUCCUGUCGCUAAUUACGUCACAUUAACAGAUAGCAAUAACGAUCACGCUUUACUUCUCGACAAUACUCAAAUUGUUCGGGACAGCAGAAGUAUCUACGAAGGACAUUACUACCCGAAUCCGGGCUUCAGGCCUCGAAGCGCGAACCAAAGUUACUUCACGCCUAGUCAUAAUCAAAAUCAGUCUCAGCAGUUACGUCAUAGGGAAAUUCCUUCGCGAGGCAGAGAUUCAAUUAAUAAACCAGGAUUCCGAACUGCCUCGCCACUUUCGCGUAAAGAUUUUCACGAUUCGAUUAUAAGUUCUCAUAACCAACCUGAAGGUUUCGACGGAUAUUACCAAAACGAAGCACAAUUCGACUCACGACGCUCUCUGUUACGGGACUCUAAGGGACUAAGAAUGAGAAGCCAACCAGAUUUAAGCUCAAAUAUGGUGACGAGUGAAUUCACGAAUUCAAACUCAGUGACCUUGAAUCGGUCGUCAAUGAACAUUCAUCAAGGAGUUUUGCAUCCUGGGGACGAUUCAAACAACGCGAACAACAAUUCCAUGAUGAACAACGGAGGAGCUGGUGUUCUGAAUAACAGUGGAAUGGGCGUGGGUACGAAUGGUAUGCAAGUGGUUCCGAAUAACGCAAAACUUGGCCUGAGUUCGAAGCAGGCUCUAGAGAGGUUGUUCCACGAAGUGAACAAUGAGUUGCAGGAAUUUAGUCGACAGCAAUCGCUAAAAAGAUCUUUCAGUUCUUUCUGGGCCUCUCUGCCGUUCCACUACCACCACAAAUUGACCACUCUCCGCUUCCAUGAGUUCCUCCUCAUCCUCACAGCCUCUGUCUCCCUCUUCGUCUGCUACAUCCUGGAACCCUCUCUAGGAGGCACUCUCAUCAUAGAGUCCAUGGGUAUCCUCAUUCUACUCUUCCUCUCCUCUCUCAUCAGCUGGUGGGAUGUGAAGUUAUAUGCCAAUGAUAUGUACACAAGGGCUCAGAAUCUACUAGAUCAAAUUCAAGAGACUCUACUCUACAUGCAACAGCAAUCGGCCCACCCUUCGACACACGCAGCCGCCUCAGCAGUUCAGACUAUGUCAUCUCUCUCAGGUGUGAACAACGCAUCCAACAACGUCCCUGCAGGAGCUGCUUCCUUCUCAGUGUGGCCCUCGACACUCUACCCCAGUCUGCAUGCUCCUGUGAGUCCCAGUGUCAGUCUCCAGUGGACUCACAGGGACCACCAGCUUAUUAACUUGCCCGCCAAUCUCCUAGUCAGAGGCGAUGUUGUCGAGAUUAGACCUGGCCAGGCGGUCUAUGCGCGAGCAAAACAGCUCCACACUUCCAAAGGGGACCCGCUUGGACUAGUUUUGAACCCUGGCGAGACUUAUAACCCCCUGGAGGGUCAAGGAGAAGACCCCUGUCCCACUGCCCGUCUCCACUCGCCCAUGGACAGACUAGCCUGUGUAGUGCAGGAGACCCCCUUCGUGACUCAGCUGAGGAAGUGUCUUGCACACAGUAGUAGUAGGGAGAGGAGUGCGUGGGAUAACAGGAGAUACGCAGUGGUCGAUUUUAUUGAGAAGAAAGUUAUUCCGAUUGCUGUGUUGACUGGUCUGUUUAUCAACGGGGUCCUCUUCAUUGCCUUCGGAUCCGACACUUACGUCGGCAAUCAAAUAGAGAUGUACCUCCUGCAUCAGAUCUACAUUCUGAUCCCACUGGUACCUCUUCUGUUCCCAGUGCUGUGGCUCAUGUGGACUGCACUUACCACUGCCUCUCUUCUCGCAUCAUGCCAACAACAGGGUUCUGUGGUUCGCGGAGAAUCAGUCGGAGGGUCCUGUUACCACUUCAAGUUCUCCUGGAAACACUUCAUAUCCAUAAUCAGUGGAAUGUCUCCCAGCCUCUCGAGGACUUCAAACCUCCUAUAUGGACUGGGAUCCACAACCAUUUUCAGCGUAGUCGACAAACGAGGAGUGCUCUCGUGGCCGAACCCGAAAGUGGAACGCGUCUUCUUCAUUCGGCCGGUAGAGCAACCAGAUGACACGGUGUCACCCGCUGACUCGGCUGGGGGCAGGCGGAAUGAUGACCGCAAUUCGGAAAAUGGAAGUUUGAAUGCUGUGUACGUUCCAGAAGUGAUGGACCUAUCGUGUGACCAGAAUGAAAACUUUUUCGUUCACUUCGACGACGAAAGGUGGCAACAGCAUCUGCCUUCGUUGAAGCCUCUAGGGUUAAACAUUCUUCUGAACACGUGUAAUGAAUAUGUGGAGGACUCUUACACUAAGUUUGCCGACCAUCUUCUUUGUGUGAGCUCGCUUGAAAACCACUCAGUCGCUGUCGUCAACCGAAGCUGGACCAGAGCGCUUCAGAGUAGAUGUGCAUGUGAGUUGUCAGAAGCGAUUGGAUUCGCUAAAAACGCUACUGAGAGCUACGAGGUGAAGAAUUACAUCCAGUCGUUCAGGGAGUCCCAACCAUUCGACCCGAGCGACACUUUCAAAGUGAGACGAAUUAAAGCGAUCCUGCGAAAGAAAACUCCUUUCCCCUUUUUGUGCUCAGUUGUCGUUCACGACACUUCAACUGGUCUCCAGCAGUUGUUCACGCAAGGUACAGCUGAUAUGCUCUGUGACGUAUGUCCUGAUUUCUGGGAUGGAAAGGGAAUCCACCCUCUCACCCCAGAAUUAAGGAAGAAAAUUCAUGAUUUCUACACCAGAGCUUCACUGUCGGCUUACUGCACAGCCUUUGCAUAUCGUCCAGUGUUCUCGGAUUUCUCAAAGGUGUUGGAUAAUUUCUACCUGGAGCUUCCUGGAGGAAAAAACGCGGCUGCUGAAAUGGAAAACGUUCAUUCGACCGACUUCGUCAGUGACGCGAAAGGACUAGCUAAGGCGCAAUCAGGACAAAUUUUUCUGGGGAUGGUUGUAAUGCAGUACAAAGCCAUGCCAGAUGUUUUAGACUUGAUCGAGGAUUUCGAGUCCAGAUGCAUUAGGUUUGUUCAUUUCUCCCACGAGAAUGAACUGCGCUCGCGGAUCUUUGCCGAAAAGCUCGGUCUCGAGACUGGCUGGAAUUGUCACGUGUCUCUUUACGCUUCAAGUUCAAACGGCGAACCUCAUUCUAGUGAACACUCCUCAAAAGCUGCAAGUUUGACUACUUUGCGCUCAUUUGCGCAAAAUGUGAUUCAAGCAAACGAGAAGUUGAAAACGUUACAACAGAGUCAAAAUAACAUUGAUAUCAACUCGGGGAAUAACGAGGAAGUUAGAUCGCGUGAUGUCGCAACUGAGGAUUUUAACGGUUCUCUUUCUACACCAGCUUCUCCUGCAAUGGCUCAUAGGGUCUCGCAUUCUGUAGGACCGACUAUGGAACGAGUCUGUUCUCAUCGAAGUCGAGACGCGAUUGAUGGAGGAAACUUGAGUCAUCAUCACAGCCAACGAUCUCUCACCAGGUCACAACACUUUGAGCACGGACAGUAUCCAAGCCAACAGCACCAAGCGGAGGUUAAUGACCGAAAACCCUUCUUGCAACAGCAUCAGCCUCAUAAUCAGCAUCAACACCCUCAUAACGUGAAUGUAACACACAAUCAUUCGCAAUUCCCAAAUGCAGAAGUUCAUCACGGCAUGUCGCGAAAUCCCUCGUUCCAGGGUACUUUCAAGGAAGCUCGUCAGUACUUUCCCGAAGCAUCCGACUCUCCUCGUAUUCAACAUUCGAAUCUCAAUUUCGACCAAUCACAACGCCUAAAUUCAUCGCAUUAUAAUUCUUCCGCCAAAGCACGUCCACUUAGCCGAAAUUCAACAAUGGCCAAUUCAUUCCAAGUCCAAUGUCAAUGCUGUUCAACUCAAUUGGACGUCUGUGCUGAUAAUGCUGCCACUGUUUCUUCCACGGUGCCUUUUGGGACUUCUAGCCGACAGCCCCACAGAGCCGAAUUUAACCCGAGUAGAAAAUCUGGAUUAUUUCACGAUGUCAGUAAUGUCGUUUUAUGUCGGGAUCCGAAGUGCGCGAAUAGUUUGAAGCGUUCGGAUAAUUGUGAUAUCUCAGCAAAUAAUCAUCCGACAACACCAGGCGUCGCGGGAGGUUUGGCAGACAGCGGAACAUCUGGAAUUUGCUCAAUGGCGAGUGACGAAGGCGCACUUGCGGUCACGACUAGCACAUAUGGCUUUACAAGUACUCAUCUUAAAGCGCCUGAAAUUCAAUUCCACCAAUCGAGACCUCAGUACCUGCAGCAGCCUGACGCGUUUAUAGCUUCUCGUAAAUAUGUCGAGAUUGGUGUCCAAACGGCAAACAACGAUAAAGAAGACUCGAGUAGUCUGAAAAACGAGGAAGCAGGUUUAGACGAGAUGUUUGGACGGCUGGAAAAAUUAGAGAGCCAGAAACGACACUCUCAAGAAGAAGUUAAUAUGACCUCAGGAAUGAGCUAUCGACAUCCGGGAGUUGUUUCGCAGAAUCAUCCAAUGUAUUCAGUCGGAACCGACACACGUGAUGCGAUUACCGAACAAGACGAGUUUAUUUCGUUGCAACCAAUGAGUCCGGGAUCCAUGUCUGAAACAUCAUCAGGCGCCAUUUCGCCACUUCCUAAUCCAAGAGGCAUGCACAACUCACAUAAUUUCCAAGGUGGCCAUUUUGCCGCUAAUUCGCGCACUGUCCAAUUAGCCUACAACCAUGCAAAAACCAGUUCUAAUUCACCGCAUCAUCAUCCGAUGAUGUCCAAUAACUGCCAAGCUAAUACACACCAGAAACAUCCAUUGUCCAGAGGCAUGGCAACUGAUACGCCCUCUUGUGACCUCAGUGGAAGCGGAAACUCGCCAAUAGAUUACUGUUAUCAGUGCUCAACGUUGAACAACUCGAACGCUUUAAUGGCCGCCAAUCAUAAUCGCGUAGUUCCAGGUGGCGGGAUUGAAAGUCAAUGCAGCAGUAUUGAAAGCAACUGCCAGGUAAUCUCACAGUCCAAUACUAUGUCGGGAGGAGUGAAUCAUUUGCAAAAGGUAACAGAGCAGGUAUGCACGCAACCGUGCUGCUACAACCCAAACAACGUGCAACACUCGAGUCACACUCAGGGAGGCGUGAACGGACUUUGCAAUCAAUGUCAUCAUAACUCAAAUGCUCAAAACACAAAUAUUAGUCAUCAUGGAUCCAAUAACACUUUAUUAUCCAAUAGAGCUAAAAGUCCAAUGGAUGCCAUUGAUCAGCAUCAGCUUAAGCAGAGUGGCGGAAUCCACAAUACAUCUUUGCGAUCCAAUCCGCCGAGGAAGAAUGCACCGCCAGUUCCUGUCAGACGCUACGCAACGCUUACAGGAGGCGAGUCACAGUUUAACCACGAUCAAAAUGAUGCCUCGGUAGCUUUACUAAAUCCUACUUACAAUACCAGUCAGCAUAAUCAUCAACAGUUUCUCAGUAAUUCUACCAACAAUUUCAGCAAUAGUAAUUCUCAGAGCUUUAGCAAACAGAGGGGAAAAUUGAGUAGAACGGGAUCUAUCGUAUCUCAAGCUACCCAUAUGCAAGAUGAUGCAAUUUCACGGACAUCAGAGCAGUCUUUUGGAAUGGGUAGUCUAGCAGGUACAGAAGGUGUUAUGUUCGAUGACCUCUAUGACCUCUCAAAUAGGGCAAAGUUACCCAGGGGAGUUGAAAAUAUCAGGCCUCACCUGGAACACGUGGACAAUGUACCCCUGUUAGUUCCGCUCUUCACAGAUUGUACGCCAGAAGCGACGAAAGAGAUGGUGAAUAUCAUGCAGGAGAACAGCGAGAUAGUCUGUGUGUAUGGCAGCUCGCUCAACGUCACCAACAUCGACAUAUUCUUACAAUCAGACGUCAGUAUUGGAGUGAUGCCAUACGUGCCUCAGCCGUGUGUGCGCCAGCCAGUGUGUUUCGAGCCCUUUCUACCUGACGGACGCCACCUCUCCCCUCUUGGUCUCGCAUCAGCACUGGGAGCGCUACCCUGUUCUCUCCAGAUACUCAGAAACGUUUCACUCACAAACAUAUUCCACUCGGCGAGCAGAUUGAGUGAUAACCUCAAGACGGCGCUCCUCUUUCUGCUGUCGUGUCACCUGGCCCUAAUCAUUACCCAGGUGUUGUCGGCAGUCUGCUUCCAGCCCCCUCCCUUCUCCGGCUCCCUCAUCCUCUGGCUGGUCGGAUUCAUCCUGCCCCUCCUAUCCACCGCCCUCCUUGCCAACCCCACAUGUCCAAACUCACUACAGUGGACCACUGCACGCAAAAACUACAGCAAAAUACUCAAAACGGACGUGCGUGAAUUUAUAGUUGUGUUUGCGAUGCGGUUCCUGCCGACGUGUCUGCUGCUGCCACUCAUGGAGAUGCUCAUUCUCUACACCAUGUGUCUCUACGUCACAGAAGAGGACAACUGUCUCCUCACUCAUGGCAACACAAACUCCACUGAGCUGUGGAAUGGAUACAGGGGCAGCUACAGAGGCGCCUUAGUAGUCGCGCAGAACCUCACUACGUGGUUCCUGGUCGUUCACCUUUGCUUCAUAUCAGCCAGUUUUGUCUUCCCCAAAACCUACGUCUGGCGUCGGGCUCCCUUCCGCAACCUAGUCUGGACAAUAAUGUGUCCUCUCAUUAUUAUACUGCAGCUCUUCUAUUUCUAUUCAGACGUACAGACGUACAAAAAUACCCCUUUUACGAUUCCAAAUACACCUGGACAAGUAUGGAUAGCGGGGGUUGUGUGGUGUUUGCUGGCUCUUUUUCUGAGCGAAAUGGUCAAAGUUUACGAAGUAAGGAAAGCGUUAAAACAGCACCGCAGAAGCAAAUUACAAUUUGGAACUAAGCUUGGAAUGAAUUCUCCAUUUUGAUUAGUAGAUUCAACUGACACUUGCUUAUUUAUUUAACGUUUUCAAGAAAAAAAAACAUUUCAAACGUGUCGCAGAAAUACAUUUAA